GGGAAAGGAAAAAUAAGAAAAGGUUGAAAGAAAGAAAAGAAUUGUGAAGAAAAACCCAGCAAGCAAAGCAUCGUCAGCGGCAAAUCAAAUCAAAUCAAAUCAAAUCAAAAUGUACAAUAACGGAAGAGGGAAAAAGCCGAUGACGACAGGGGAGCGACAAGAAGACGACGACGACGAAGAAGAAGGAGGAGGAAAUGAAAGAGACAUGGAAGCGUGGGAAAGAGCAUAUACAGAUGAACGAUCAUGGGAAUCUUUACAAGAAGAUGAAUCUGGCAAUCUUAGACCUAUUGAUAAUCAAGCUUUACAUCACGCCCAGUAUCGCCGCCGUCUCCGUUCUCUCUCCGCCGCUUCCGCCGCCUCUCGUAUUCAGAAAGGCCUCAUUCGUUAUCUCUUUCUUGUUAUUGAUCUCUCCAGGGCGGCUGGAGAGAUGGAUUUUCGUCCAAGUCGAAUGAUGGUGGUUGCUAAACAAGUAGAGGCUUUCGUAAGGGAGUUUUUUGACCAGAAUCCAUUGAGUCAGAUUGGUCUGGUAGUUAUAAAAGACGGGGUGGCUCAGUCAUUGACCGACCUUGGUGGCAGCCCCGAGUCUCAUAUCAAGGCUCUGAUGGGCAAACUUGGGUGCUCAGGAGAAGCGUCCCUUCAGAAUGCUUUAGAACUUGUACAUGAACAACUUGAUCAAAUCCCUUCAUAUGGUCAUCGAGAAGUGAUCAUCUUGUAUUCGGCUCUGAGUACUUGUGAUCCAGGAGAUGUCAUGGAGACCAUUCAGAAAUGCAAGAAAUCCAAGAUUAGGUGUUCGGUUAUUGGUCUCUCUGCUGAAAUUUAUAUAUGCAAGUAUCUGUCUCAAGAAACCGGAGGGUUAUACUCUGUUGCUUUGGAUGAGGCACAUUUGAAGGAGCUAAUACUAGACCAUGCACCACCACCACCAGCCAUAGCUGAAUUUGCUAUAGCUAAUUUAAUAAAGAUGGGUUUCCCACAAAGAGCUGCUGAGGGUGUUAUCUCCAUAUGUUCAUGUCAUAAAGAAGCUAAAUUUGGUGGGGGGUACACUUGCCCAAGAUGCAAAGCUCGUGUUUGCGAGUUGCCUACUGAGUGUCGUAUUUGUGGGUUAACUCUUGUUUCUUCUCCUCAUCUAGCACGAUCUUAUCACCAUCUGUUCCCAGUAACACCGUUUGAAGAUGUUGCCCCUAAGAUUCUACCCAAUCAAGAUCCUCCUCCUAAGAAUUGUUUUGGUUGUCAACAGAGCCUCUUGAAUCCUGGGGGCAUGCCAAGCCGUUGUGUCAGGUGCCCAAAGUGUAAACGUUUCUUUUGCCUCGACUGCGACAUAUACAUUCAUGAGAGUUUGCAUAACUGCCCGGGUUGUGAGAGCUUAAAUCUCCUAGUCAGUCAAUGAAUGAGAUGGAAUCGUGUUAUUGUCAAUCCUGCAAACCUUAAAGAGGUUCAAGUCAGUCAAGUGUGCUGGCAUUUUUGGAUUAAAAUGUGUUUACCCCUCACAGCAUUGGACUCGGGUAAAAGCUAGGAAAGGAGAUAUACAAAUUGGAGAUCUCGUUAUUUCUAUAAGAUGCCCAUACCUUAUAAGCAUGUUUUCUGAUACGAGUAGAAUUUUGGUCCAGAAGAAUGAAAGAUUUAUUUUUUUAUUUUUAUUUUUUUUGUUUAUCUGUUUCGAUAGAUUUGUAGAACUAGUCCAGAAAAUUUUUUCAUUAUUACGAGUCAUUCAACAUAUCAAUUAUUGGCAAAGAGCCGUCACAGAAAA